AUGUCCGAGAGAAAGGCAAUAAACAAGUGGUAUCCUCCGGACUACGAUCCUUCGAAAGUCCCGAAGAAGAGCAAAACGCAAAGCAAGGGCAGGGAUAGGGUGCGUUUGAUGCUACCUUUUUCCAUGAAAUGUCUAAAGUGCAACGAGUUCAUUUCUGCACGAAGAAAGUUCAAUGCAACAAAAGAAGCCACAUCUGAGAAAUACAUGGGCUUUAAGAUCAUCAAGUUUCAUGUGAGAUGCCCAUGCUGCAAUAAUGGUAUUGUCUUCAGAACUGACCCUGCCCUGGCGGGAUUUGUCCCUGUGGAAGGCGGCGUCAGAAAUUAUGAAUCGUUGGCACGGGAGCAUCCAAAGAUAAAUCGCAUGGAGACAGACGAAGAGAUACUUUCAAGAUUAGAAAAAGAGGAGGAAGCUAGUCGACAGUUUAAAGAACAACAAGAGAUGAGAAAGAGGAAUCCAUUCUGGCAACGAACAGGCAAUUCCAAUGACGCUAUGAAAAAUCUCGAGAAUAAAUUAGCAAAGCAACAGGAGGAGCAACAAAUGUAUGAUCACCUUGUACAGUUACAAGACAAGGCUAGCCGUCUUCAGGAGUCAGGAGGUCUGGACAGGUUGGUUCAGGACGCCCAAAACAAGCUACGGGAAGAGAUGGCUAAGAAAAGAGAGUUUGGAGACGCCAAUUUUGACAGUAUAGAGGAAGCACGUAAAACAGCUGACACUCUCGUCUCACCGGCAGUCACAAUGUCAAAGGUGAUAACUGUGAAGAAACCCAAGAAGAUGACAGAAACGCACCAACCUUCGCAGCCAAAGUUCCGUUCAAACGAUAACGAUAUCCAACACGAUACUAAUUUGACACCAGAACCCACCAAAAGCGGUCUAUCUUCUUUACUAGGGUAUGCUAGUUCUGAUGAUGAUGACAAUAACUAG